ACUGCAAUGGAAAGUGAAGAGGAAUAUCUAGAAAAAGAACAUGACCAACAUUCACAAAGGAUAACUACUCCAAAUGCAGUGGAAAGUGAAGAAGAAUAUCUAGAAAAAGAACAUGACCAACAUUCACAAAUGAUUACUACUCCAAAUGCAGUGGAAAGUGAAGAGGAAUAUCUAGAAAAAGAACAUGACCAACAUUCACAAAGGAUAACUACUCCAAAUGCAGUGGAAAGUGAAGAGGAAUAUCUAGAAAAAGAACAUGACCAACAUUCACAAAGGAUAACUACUCCAAAUGCAGUGGAAAGUGAAGAAGAAUAUCUAGAAAAAGAACAUGACCAACAUUCACAAAUGAUUACUACUCCAAAUGCAGUGGAAAGUGAAGAGGAAUAUCUAGAAAAAGAACAUGACCAACAUUCACAAAGGAUAACUACUCCAACUGCAACAGGAAGUGAAGAAGAAUAUCUAGAAAAUUCUAACCUGUUUGCAGUGGAAAGUGAAAUAUAUCUUAAGAACUCUAAACAUGACCAGUAUUCACCAGAGAUUACUACUGCACAUGCCACAGAAAGUGAAGAGGAAUAUCUAGAAAAAGAACAUGAUCAACAUUCACAAAGGAUUACUACUCCAAAUGCAGUGGAAAGUGAAGAGGAAUAUCUAGAAAAAGAACAUGACCAACAUUCACAAAGGAUUACUACUCCAACUGCAACAGGAAGUGAAGAGGAAUAUCUAGAAAAUUCUAACCUGUUUGCAGUGGAAAGUGAAAUGGAUCUUAAGAACUCUAAACAUGACCAGUAUUCACCAGAGAUUACUACUGCACAUGCCACAGAAAGUGAAGAGGAAUAUCUAGAAAAAGAACAUGACCAACAUUCACAAAGGAUAACUACUCCAAAUGCAGUGGAAAGUGAAGAGGAAUAUCUAGAAAAAGAACAUGACCAACAUUCACAAAGGAUUACUACUCCAACUGCAACAGGAAGUGAAGAGGAAUAUCUAGAAAAUUCUAACCUGUUUGCAGUGGAAAGUGAAAUGGAUCUUAAGAACUCUAAACAUGACCAGUAUUCACCAGAGAUUACUACUCCAAAUGCAAUUGAAAGUGAAGAGGAAUAUCUAGAAAAAGAACAUGAUCAACAUUCACAAAGGAUUACUACUCCAAAUGCAGUGGAAAGUGAAGAGGAAUAUCUAGAAAAUUCUAAGCUGUUUGCAGUAGAAAGUGAAAUAGAUCUUAAGAACUCCAAACAUGACCAGUAUUCACAAGAGAUUACUACUGCACAUGCAACAGAAAGUGAAGCAGAAUCUUCAGAUCACAAUCGUGACAAACAUUCACAAAGGAUUACUACUCCUAUAAAUGCAAUGGAAAGUGAAGAGGAAUAUAUUGAAAGUUAUAACUAUGACCAGCAUGCAAUAGAAAGUGAAACGGAAUACCUAGAAAACUAUAAACAUGACCGGAUUUCACAAAGGAUUACUACUCCUAUAAAUGCAAUGGAAAGUGAAACAGAAUAUGUAGAAAACAGUCCUGACCAGCAUCCACGUAGGAUUACUACUAAUGCAAUGGAAAAGGUAGAAUAUCGAGCAAAUUAUAAAAAUGACCUGCGUGCAGUGGAUAAUGAAGUGGAAUAUCAAGAUAACAUCCGUGAACAACAUUCUUCAAAUGCAAAAGAAAAUGAACAGGAAUAUCUAGAACAUUCAAACCUGUUUCCAAUGGAAAGUGAAAUGGAUCUCAAAAACUAUAAGUAUGACCAACAUUCACUAGCGAAUACUACUCCAAAUGCAAUGGAAAGUGAAGACAAAUAUGUUGGAAAUGGUACAGAUUACCAGAAUGUAAUAGUAAAUGAACCAGAAUAUAUAAACAGUCAACACCCACGAAAGAUUACUACUCAAAAUGCAGUAGGAAGUGAAGAGGAAAACCUAGAAAAUAAUAAGCCUGACCAUCCUGUAAUUGCUAGUUAUAUGAACGAACCAUUUUUGCAGACUACUGCAGUAAGUGCUGUGCAGGACACCAGCCUGCUGAGAACUGUUCAUUUUGAUACCUUUCUAACACCCUUGCAGUCAAAACUGCCUGAAAUCCAGUCUGAGGCUUUUGACUUUGCAAAUUUGGAUGCAACGGCUGCUUUAGAUUUGAGCGGUAACCUUGAUCCAACCAGAGUCCAGUCCUUCUCUUUGAUAAGUAAGGUGCUUCUUGGGAUGCACGACACUUCCUCUGAAGAAAGGUUUGUAAUAGAUGCACAGCCUCUAAAUAAAGCACGACUAGAAGACAUUGACGGUGUUUGUAGUUCUUGUGAUUCUUCCAGAGUAUCUGUGGUAGGUACAAGUGGAAAAGAUGUCGCAGGAAGUUUCCUGAGCCCUACUUUAUUAUUUGCUAACAAGUUUAAGCAGUCUGAAAUCUUUGCAGAUGAAAGCAAUAGUGCAUCUUACCUUCAGCUAUCUACAGCAGAUUAUCUGAACACGUUUAAAUCCAAUCAAGCAAUCGAAAAGAUCCAUAACACCAUAGAAGUGUCGCAGGUAGUCCUUGAAAGCAGGUUUGAAAGUCUAGAUGGGGAAGACCAUGAAUUGAGUCCCAUAUUCACGAAUAGGGAUUCCAAUUACACGGUUAAUGGCGAUCAAACUGGUUAUGUUACCCCAGGACUUUUAGAGGGGGAUUCUGAAAUUGACCAACAACUAAAAUUCACCACUGAUCCGUCUGAAUCUCUUAAGCAAGAUGGCAUUGAAGUACAGAUACAAACUGGGAAACUCUGGACCAGUGCAGCUUGGGAAGAAUCAAUUGGAACCACAGAUGGAUCUUCUAUCAAUAGAAACGAGAUAAACUCUCUUUUAGAGAAGAGAAUGGAUGGUGCCAGCCCUCUACAGCCAAUCGGCGAAGACCAAACCUCAAUAGCACGUGCCUUAAACUUCUCUGAUGAUAAGACUAGUGCUUACAGAUCCCACAGAAAUGUUACUCUGCUUGCUCAUUUUCCCGGAGAGUAUUUGUUUGAAGUUUCCAUUGAAAUGCAAAUAAAUCUCACUGGAAGAGAGAACUUGAAGGAUUUGGAAAGGACACUCUUGACAUUGUUGGAGAAUCUGAUAAAAGAUGAUUUGAAGCACUUGCAUCCACCCAAAAGCAUCACUCUGAAAAGAGUUAAAAGGUUGAAAUCUGGUCUUGUGUACAUAUUAUGGCUGCACUUUGGCUUUGGAGAGAGAACCAUGCACAUGUCGAUUCAGUCUUGCUUGCAGAGACUUGUGAACAGGCCUGUGGUAGAGCUGGAGACCAAGAAUGCUCUUGUGAGUUCAGUAUCAACAGAAGAUGUGAAUGAGUGCAGUACCGAGAUGCUGCUGUGCGAUGCCCAUGCCGACUGCUUCAAUGAGUUUGGCACUUACACAUGCCGAUGUCAGGAAGGCUUUGAAGACCGGUCUCGAGCUGGUUCAGGUGGCACGAUUUGUGUUAAUGUUGCAGGUUCCAAAUCGCCCACCCUUUUGGAAACCUUAACUGGCUUUGGAUUUGUAUUAAUUGUGUUUCUGUUGUUUUUCAUGGUGGUUGUAGCUGUUGUUUAUAAAAGACAGCAACAAGGGACAUUUGUUGUUCAUUGUGAAAAUCUGGAGUCUGCAGUACUGCAGCAGUGUUUGCAAACUCACGGUUGUGGACUUAAUCAAAAGGACGAUGUAGUUGAGCCUAAAGAGUGUGACUCUAGGGAAGGCCUGCCUCUUACUUCGUUUGAGUAUUUCUGUGGCUCGGAAAGAAUUGUUGAUGGAAUGUCUGGAAACACACAGGGAGAUGAUGCGAGUGUUGUUGACGAACGUGCAAUGUUUUAAGUACGUCCUGCACUUUUACAAUCCUUGGCUACCAUAUUGCUAUAAGGUACAUGUUGUGUAUAAUUUAGUUAGUAGUUAUUUUAUUUGCAGUGAUUUAAUGUUUAGUCUAUCCAUGUUAAUGCUUUAGGUUCAUAUAGACCAACAAAGUCAGUCAUAAGCAACUUGUUGUGUUGCAACUGGAUUUCAGCAGCAGUUCUUGUUUCCAAUUGUACUGAUCUUUUGUAUUGGUUGCAGUGGCUGGUCCUAACACAAGCAAAAUCAAAGUAACUCCUUCACAAUGUGAUUGUCAUGUUGAAUUUAAUAUUGCUGUUUCUUUUAGAUUUAUUUAUAUAACAAUCCUCAUGUUUAAUUUAAAAGUAUAUUGUUCUGUGUACCUUCUGCCUAAAAGUGUAUAGCUUAUAAUACUUGCUGUGGGACUGGGGAGAAAAAAAGGAUUUCCAAUGUGUUACAGAUCUGCAUGUAAUGUAUCUACCACUAGGGGUCAGAUUGUACCUCCUUGUAUUGGUCUGUUCCUAUCUUCACAUUAAAAUCGACUGCUGUACUGAUGUAGACCAAUGACCACUUAUUUUGUCACUACUGUAUGCUUGUAUAUUGGAUAAUCCCAGUUGUAAGCGGUUGGCAGAUUGUCAACAUCACACACCUACAGUGGAACAUUGUUUAAGCAAGGUGUUUUUCUUUCAUUCAGAUAGUUUGCAUUAUUUGCCAUUUUGGUAA